AUGAAGCGGUCCCGCUACGAGCAGGAUCCGGACGGCGACGUGGACUUCGUGCUGCGGGACCCGGACGGCCUGAGGCGUGAGUGGCCAGAGGGCUACCCCCCAAAGAGGCAGAAGACUGAAGAUGCCCUGCCAUCAGCGACAUCAGCGACAUCAGCGCCCGAGCCCAGCCAGCACCAGCUCCAGCAGCACCACCAUCAUCACCACUACCACACUCGCUACAGCAACCAGUCGGCCAAUCCGCAAGCGAACCCGUCACCGCCACCACCACCACACGCCGCCGCCUCGCUGGCUCCCUCGGAGGGCGACGAGGACUAUGACGAGGAUGAGGACCUGCAAGAGCACCCGCCCAAACGUUUCCGCGUCUCCUCGCGGCACUUGUCCCUCGCCUCGCCCGUGUUUAGCCAGAUGCUCAACGGGCCCUGGAAGGAAGCCACCUCCUUUGCCGCCAGCACCAACGCUUCCACGUCUGCCUCUGCUGGUCCUCAACGCCGCGAGAUCGAGGCGUCAGAAUGGGACACGGACGCCACGGUGAUCCUGAUGGAUAUUAUCCACGGACACUUCAGCCAGGUCCCCCGGACCAUCAGCCUCGUGAUGCUGGCCAAGGUGGCCAUCCUGGUGGACUACUACAAGUGCCACGAGAUCGUCAGCGUGUUCUCGGGGCCGUGGAUCGAGAGGCUCAAGAGGGAGGCUGCAAGUGCGGCAGCGGGGUCUGACCGUGGUAGCGGGAUUGGCAUUGGCAUUGGCGGAGGCAGUAGCAUCGCUGCGGGCAGCUACAUCGGCAGCGGCGGCAUAUCCGGAGGGGGGGUGGUAGCAGGACUACUGCCAUCACAAUCAACCGGCAGCAGAGGGUCCAGCGGGAUAUGGCAGGAUGACUGCUUCCUGUGGCUGUUUGUGUCGUGGGUGUUUGGCGACGACAGGCUCUUCUCCGCCAUGGCCGACACGUUCCUGCGCAAGUCGCCGCUGCCAGUCAGCUCCAGUGCGUUUCCGCUGCCGGAGGGCAUGCUGACCGCCUUAGACUCUGCCCGCGACGAAGCAAUAGACCAAGUCCUCGCAUCCAUCGACAAGCUGCGCAACGACCUGUGCGACGGCCGCGGCAACUGCCCCUACGGCCUCCAGUACGAGUGCUCGUCGAUGGUCCUGGGCUCUCUGAUCAAGGGCCUGCGCUCUCUCGGUCUUUCUCCGCCUGCCCGCUCCGUGGACGGCGGACACCCCGUGGGCUGCAGCCUGCUCGGCAUGCAGGCGUCGUUUGCCCGGCUCAAGCGGCCCGUAUGGUACAAUAUGGUUGCGUCGUCGGUGUCGAACAGGGGCGUGGUGGCGCACCAGUGCAAUCUGAGGUCCAGGCUAGACGCGCUGGUCAGGGGCGUUCUUGAGGGGUUGCCCAAGUUCCAGCUCGAAGACUUUGCGACGAGCGCGUUGAGGGCACCGAGUCAGGAGGGCGGGCUUGCUGUGGAUGGGAAGUCUGACGGAGGCGGAGCUCAAUAA